ACAGGAAAAAAGAUGGCAGCGACCAGGCGACUUUCGAAGGAACUUGCAGAUUUACAGAGUCAGCCAAAAACAAGUUUCAAAAACAUAGCAGUAGAUGAGAGCAAUAUAUUAAUCUGGAAUGGACUCCUGGUCUCGGAUAUUCCACCAUAUAAUAAAGGAGCAUUUCGGAUAGAGAUAAAUUUUCCAGCAGAAUAUCCAUUCAAACCUCCUAAAAUUACAUUUAAGACAAAAAUCUACCAUCCAAAUGUUGAUGAAAAGGGACAAGUAUGUUUACCAAUCAUAAGUGCAGAAAAUUGGAAACCAGCAACAAAGACCGACCAGGUGAUUCAGGCUCUAGUUAGUUUAGUCAAUGACCCUGAACCAGAUCAUCCACUCAGAGCAGACAUAGCUGAGGAGUUUUCCAGAGAUCACAAACAGUUUAUGAAAAAUGCAGAAGAGCACACAAAAAAGCAUGCCGAGAAACGGCCAUCAGAUUAAGAGUUUGGAUGAUGUCCAGUUUAUGCAUGGUGACUUGCAAACAUCUUUGUUUGUGAUUUACCAUUGUUUAGCUGUCACCGUGGAAACAUCAUGGCACUUUUCUGUCGAUAUAUCUGUUUAUUUCAUAUUUUACAAAUUUUGGCCUUGGUUUUGAAUUACAGCAGAUCACUGUGGCCUUUUUUCAAGAAGAAAUCAUAAAUGAUAAUUGUCCACAUGUUUGGAACAGAUUUUUAUUAGAAUGUGAUUGAUAUUAGAUAGUAUUGGUUUAGUGUAAAGGAAAUACACCAUAAGGUAGUAGUGACAGGUAUCAUUGUUCUUAAAGCUUCCUUUUGUUUUACAUGAGGUUAAUUUAUGUUGCAUCGAGAAAAGUUAGACUGUCUUUUAAAAUGAUUAACUCAGAAAACCUGAUAUGCAAUCCUAUGAUAUGCAGUAUCGGUUCAUUUAUGUUCUAACUAUGACUUGAGUGUCAGUCAUUCUAUCAACCAUUUUAUUAGUACAGCUGAUUUCUUGUAUAUUUCCUAUUGAUAAUACAUGUACAUUGUAUUUCAUAUUGAUUUUUUUCUUGGUUAAUGUCCAAUAGAGUUGUUUCAUUUAUCUAUCUAUUUUGUUUGAAAGUUUUGCCUUCUAAUUUAUACAAUAGAAAAUUCAACAGUUAAAUUGAAAUUAAGCACAGUAAAUUACAAUAUACAAAAACUAAUUUUAAAAUGUGUUUUCUAGAACAAGGCUUUAGAGACAACUGAAUUGGACAAAAAAAUGUAACACGCUUUAGAUGUGAUUGUCCCUUUUGUGCAAAACAUCUUGCAUUGGUGACAGUGAAAUAAUCUCAGUAAACCGUAUUUGUUGGUUAUUCAUAAAAUUGGAAAGUACAACUUGAUGCAAUAUGGAAACAAAGGCCAUGUGAUCAGAACCCUUAACAUGGUGACUGAUUUGUCUCUUGAAGCAAUAGACAUUCAAUGCUUCUCUUGGACAAAACCAUACAGCAGGAAAUUGAUAACAAAAAUGUCAUUUCUGAAAGAAAAUAAUUCACAUCAAUACAUAUGUAUUUUUAUUUUAAAAUGUUCGAUUUAUCUUGCUGUUUAGUCAGAUCUUUAGAUUAGUGCAAUGUUUUCUGGCACGGAGAUGGGUUCGAUCAUAUUAAAGGAAGGACAGCCAGUGAGGGAUAUUCAUUUUAAAUGGGGUAAGGGCAGCCGGUAAGGGAGAUUACUUUGUGUCAAAGGUACUACAACGGGACACACAGCAUUUUGUGAUUCAUACAAAUUCCAAUGUGUAGAAAAUGUAUAUGUUAAUUGUGUUUUGUUAAUGUUACUGACUUUCUUUGCCUGUCUAAACUCUGACAAUUUCAUGCGUCAUGUUCAGUGUUCUUCACUAAUAAUUGAUUCUGUGCUCUCUGUAGAAGAUGUAGAAUGACUUCCUAGUUCUGAAAAUUGGUGUGCACUUGAAAUUGAGUUGAAUGCUGAUGUGAUUAAAAGCAACCUGUAAAUAGCUUCAAUAUACAUAUAACUAGAAUGCUGUGAGAAAGAGCUUCAGAUUUUUUUUAAGAAAACAAGGUAACAAAUAGGACUAACGAAAUUUCAAUGUGUUUUUGAUUAACUAAGGUCAUAGGUAUAAUAAUAUCAUAUGUCAUAACCAGACCCUUCUUUACGUGACAAACACUUCAUCUUUCCUAGAUUUGGUUUUUAUGUAACUUGGGCUAUCACCUACGUCUUUUUAAUUUGUUUAUUGAGAAGUGUACCAAGGUAUGAAAGUCGCCAGUAUCUAUAUCCAUAUUGUGGUGAUUAGUCACUAUUUCUAGACACAUGUAACAGUGAUAAUUACAUGAUACCAAGGUAUACCUCCAUAAUGUCAAAAACUUUUAAAAGGUAUAGGUAAAUGUAGGAUUUUCCAAUAUUAAUGUCAUUUUGUUUAAUCUUGUAUCAAAAAUCAGAGGAAACAAUAAGUACCAGGUGACUUUUCAUUCUAUUACUUGAGGUAUAUACUAUUGCUGUUGUUUUGUCUGACCUAACUUAAUCUGUUGUGUGGCAGACAGUGUUAGGUAGUAAAAAAUGGAUAAAAUAGGCCAAAAUAUCUUAUUUCUAAGUUUGGAAAUUGUUCUUUGAAGUUAAUGUGAAGAAAUUCCAGUUUCUAAGGGAUGGAGUCAAAAAAGGAGAAAAGCUUUCAGACAUGGAUUCAAAUAUUUCUGAUGGAUCAAAGAAAUAUGUGUACCUCAGCUUAAGUUAAGUGAUCAUUCAGUCCCUAGUUUCAACUUGGUUGUAACGAAUGUGUUGUAACUUAUUCAACAUGAGUAAAGAGAAAUUUUCUAGAAAAGAAAAUUGUCCAAAAUGGUAUUUCAAAUAAUUUUUUUUAAAGCUUAAAGAUUUCAGCUGAUUGUGUUAAUAUCACUGUCGAUUCUUCGUGUGUGUUCUUUUAUAUAAUUAUUAUUGCGAAAAUUCAAUCAAGAAUUCUUUAACACAUACUGUGGGUCAAUGUUCAGUAAUAAUUUCAUUUCAGGAAAGUGAUUAAAAUAUCAGUUACUGUGUUGGGGAAAUUGAUGUAAAGGCUAAUAAUACAUAUACAUGAAUUUAUAUUAUAGAAUUUGCAGAUAAAUCUGAAUCAAUAAAGGUUGAAUGGUGUGUAUAUCAGAUGUCACUCUUACAAACUAUGUAUUAAUUGAUAAAUUCACGUUGUAAAGUUUUCACUGUUGUUCAUUGAAAGAGUAUAAGAUUGAAACAUUUUUGUUUUCUGGGUUCCAACAACAACAGACAAGAUUCAAUUGGUGUAACACAGCUUUGCAGAUGAGAAUAUUAAAAAGAAAAAAUGUA